UUUAGUGCAAAAUUUGAAACUAUGUCCUUAUGUAAAUUCACGUCUAUUUUUCUCUUUCUAUUAUUUGUUUUCCAUGUCAUUACUUCAUCUCCUCUCAAAAUUACUUUUUAUCUUUCCUAAAUUUCACAAGUGACAAAGAGGGUCAUCUACGUAACGACAAAUCUUUUUUCUUCACAAACACCAACAUUUGUAAUUAGUUUAAAAUUCGAGACUUAUGGAGGCGUUAUCUUUUGUAAAGAAAAUUAACAUAAAAUUAUUAUGUGAAAUUAGAAAGUAGUAUUAUACAAGGCAAACACCCAAAAAACAUUAUGUGUUGUUUGUGCAAAAUUAUUUUGUUUACGUGGCUGGUUUUAUAUAGUAGUAUUGUACCACUCUAUACAAGGGGGCGGUAUAAAGUGUUAUAUUUUGUUCUGAAUUUUUUCCACAAAUUUAUAGACUACUGUGAACUCAAUUUUUCUGUGCAAAAUAAUCAAAAAUAAUAAGUAAACGAAAGUAAUAUAGAGUGGUAAUGGGUGGUACAAAACAAACUCAAAAUAUAACCAAAACUAAUAUAAUUUUGUAGAUAAUAAGGAACUCAUUCUAUUGAUACAAAAGAUUUCAAAACUCGAGUCAAAACAAAGAAUAUACAAAUAAAUUAAAUAAAUUAUAUUUUAAUCUCAACUUUUAGAUCUGACCACCCAGAAAAAAGAUUCAAUGGUGCAUUAACACAGCAAAACCAUCAAUUACUACCCUAAACCUUCGAACUUGUAAUUUGGUCCAAAAAUUUGCACUGGGCUUUCUGCCCGGUCCAAAUGAAGAAACACAAUUGGGCUCUUACCGCGUACGAACAAUGCGAACUUGCCAAACACGGCCUUUCUCAUUGUGAUCCUGAUAAAAAUCCCCCUCUCUCCCAAUUUUGGGGUUUGUGUGGAAGACAAUGGAGCGAGACAUCUAAAUCACUUCCCCGCCACAGACCCCAAAUUUAUAUUUUCUAUUGAACUAUCAAUGGCGUUAUCCAAAUGCUGCUGCUCUCCUCGUCUUCGAACCUCUUCCUUCUUCCCCCUCUCUCAAAUUUCUUAACAUAGAGAGGAGCAUAAACGAGAGCAGCCAUUUUUAACCAUGCCAUUUUCCUUCUCUGCUUCUUCCUCUUCACCUCUGCCUCCUGCUUCCUCUCCUUCCUGCAGAUCCUCAACUCCAAAACGACCCAGAACCCAUUUCUCGUACCCUCUCCUCUCCCCAAAUCUCCUCUCCAAGAAGAACAACCAUCCAUUCCUCCGGACAUACCCACACCGCCGCCGGCAGCGCGAUUUCCCCUCCUGCGCCGCCGUUCCGGGACUCGAUUUCGGCAACUUGGACUCAGUCUUGGAAGCUGCCGGAGUAUUGACCGCUAUCAUAAUCGUGCACGAGAGCGGCCACUUCCUCGCCGCCACCCUCCAGGGGAUCCACGUAAGUAAAUUCGCAGUUGGGUUCGGUCCUAUUUUAGCCAAGUUCAAUUCCAACAAUGUCGAGUACUCGCUUAGAGCUUUCCCCUUAGGUGGGUUCGUGGGGUUCCCUGAUAACGAUCCCGAGAGCGAUAUCCCAGCCGACGACGAGAAUCUGCUCAAGAAUCGGCCGAUUCUGGACCGGGUAUUAGUGAUUUCAGCUGGUGUAAUUGCUAAUAUCAUUUUCGCCUAUGCGAUUAUCCUGGUUCAAGUUUGUUCGGUUGGUUUGCCCGUUCAAGAGGCAUUUCCUGGUGUCCUUGUCCCUGAAGUUCGACCCUUCUCUGCUGCUUCUAGAGAUGGGUUGCUCUCUGGUGACGUUAUCCUCUCUAUCAAUGGUGCUGAGAUGCUUAAACCUGGGGUUAACUCGGUCUCUGAGGUUGUCGAGGUCAUUAAGUUGAAUCCCAAGAGAGACGUGGUGCUGAAAGUGGGGAGAGGACAGCAGGAUUUUGAAAUCAAGGUAACCCCAGAUGAGAGUUCUGAUGGAACUGGUCGAAUUGGAGUUCAGUUGUCACCGAAUUUCAAAAUUGAUAAGAUCGUAGCUAGGAAUAUCAUGGAGGCGUUUAGCUUUGCUGGAAGGGAGUUUGUGGGCCUUACCUACAAUGUUUUAGACAGCUUGAGGCAGACUGUGAUGAACUUCUCACAGACUGCAAGUAAAGUUUCAGGCCCUGUAGCUAUCAUUGCAGUUGGUGCUGAAGUUGCUAGGUCGAAUGUUGAUGGGCUUUACCAAUUUGCGGCACUACUCAAUUUGAACUUGGCUGUGAUUAACCUUCUCCCUUUGCCUGCUCUCGAUGGAGGGUCUUUGGCAUUGAUUGCUGUGGAAGCAGCCAGAGGUGGGAGGAAGCUACCUUUGGAAGUGGAGCAGCGAAUUAUGUCGUCGGGGAUUACGUUGGUUUUGCUUCUUGGGAUGUUCCUCAUUGUCAGGGAUACAUUAAACCUGGAUUUCAUCAGAGAGAUGUUGUGAUUGAUUACUUUCAUGAGAGUAUUCGAAACUGAAGCAUGAAGGUGGCCAAUGUGGAUAUGACACUGAGUGGCGGCUAGUAGUAGAAAUGGUGUACAAUUGGUAUGGUUUCUUCAAUCAGAUGGGUUUUGGAAGAGGUAUUUCCAUUCAUGAAUCAAUACUUUGUUGUUUGAAAAUUAGUGUCAACUUGUUGAAUGAACCGUUUUCUGGUACAGUUUCUGUAAGUCCUAAACAAGUUAAAAGGAUGAUAGUGAAUUGGUGAUGAUACCAAACUCUUCCUCAGAAAAAGAUGUCUGAUGAUUGAUAACAUCUUAAUCCUUGGCAUUUCAAUUAGGGCCCUCAUCGGUAGUCUAUCGGCAGUCUGCACUAGCCAUAUCUGCUGCUUUUUUCUUUUGUCUGCUUGUUGAUGUAUGAUCAUAACGUACCUAACCUAUUUGUUAACUGAGGUAAGGGUUGAACGAAGAAUAGAGCUUCCCUUCCUAAUUUGGAGUGUGAUGUAGUGCUACAAAUGGUGGUAAAUUGCCGGUGCAGCGUGGAGGAGCCGGGACAGAGAUUAGUUGCUUCAGAGGUUUAGAUAAUAGCUAAAUGGACAGACUGCAAUUUCAGAUGGCGGCAAUUUCUUAUUAACCUUCCAUUCAGCCGGGAGAUGUGCUUAAUGUCAUUUUGUGCUAUCCAACUAUAAAUCACUUCCAAACAACUUUCUCAACGAAUCCGGCAUCUGACAUUAUAUUCAAAUUCACAACAAUCAUUGUUAAGACAAAUGACUGUGAUCAUCUGUUAGAAGCACAGGGACUGGCAGGUCGGGUUAGAGGGUCUUCACUCGACUGUAGUGGGAUAUUUUGCUAUUUCCUUUGUAAUUUGGGAAAACCUAUUAAAAGGUUGAAGUACUAUUUUUCAAAAGGGCUAAUACCACUAGAAAUACCAACCUUUAACGAAAGUGUCAUUUAUAUUACGUAAGUUUCGAUAUGUCAUUUGUGUAACCUCCGUUAGUUUUGCCGUUAGUUUUUUACUGAAAUCACAGUCAGCGCCACAUCAGCGCUUAGGUAGAGGCUAAGAAAAAUAAAAUUCAAGCCUUUUUAAUUGAUUUUUAAGGGAUAAAAGAAAAUAAAAAAAGAAAAUAUCUCUGACUGGUGAAACUUGAUCUCCUCGAGACACGAACAUCCCUAUUCUUCUCCUCUUCCUCUGCACACAAUCAUCGCCGCCACCCUUCUCUACAUUCAAUCCCGAUCCAAUCCGGCAUAAUCCAUAUCGACGACCACUCAAUCUCCUUCUUCCCGACCUCCACAAAACCCUCGCUCAUACUCUCUCAUCUUCUUCGAUUUCUGGAUUUUUUGGGGCGGAGUCGCCGGUGCGUUAGAGGUUCAGGUUAUCCAUGAGAUAAGCCCGACGCGUGGGCUCUUGAAGCCGUUGAGCACAAAAACGAGCUCGAGCAGUAGGAGGAGCAACAACCGAUUUCCCACCCUCGUCGCCGCAGUCGCCGAUUUCAAGCAGUCCAGAUCUACCCUAAUUGCGACCAACAACGCAAGAAACGAGAUCUCGACGAGUCGGUCACGACAGCGUAAUCCACGAUCGAGAAGUUAUUCGGCUCGAAACGUCAGUUCUAUUUCCCUCUCGAUGCGGAGGUCGUUAUGUUCUCCCGAUUCGCCCGCAGGGAAACUACCACCAUGGCCGCCGCCACCGCCGAUACUAACAUAAACUUGGUUUUAGUGGUUAGGUGGGGGAGUAAUGUCACCGGCAGCAUGAGGAGUGUAUGAGGUGGGGAUUGUUCACCGGCGGCUCCCCUGGAACGGUAGUAACAGGUGCCUGGUGGAGUGGGAGUACGACGACGAUAUGGUGGAAAGAUAGAAGAGAACGAGGAGAGAAAGUGGGCAAUUAUUUUUUUCUUCUUUUUCCUACAAUUCGUUUUACUUGAUUUAAAUUUUUUAUUUUAAUAAUAAUUUCAUAUGUGG